AUGGUACUGUUCGAGGUGAAGAAUUUAGUGGCCCUGUGCGGACUUUUGCUGCUGACCGGAAUGGAGCUUCGCGUCGAGGCAAGAGCGAAGAGGCAGGAGAAGGCAAGAAAAACAGAAGAAGAAAAUGUAGAAAAAAGCAGAAAAUCAGGAAAAAAAGCAGGAGAAAGCAAGAAAAAGAGAAGAAGCAGAAAAAUCAGGAAAAAAGCAGAUAAACAGAAAAAGCAAGAAAAGGCAGACAGAGAAAAGGAGAAAAAGCAGAAAACGCAAAAAAGCAGAAGCAGGAAAAGCAGAGAAAUUCAGAAAAGGCACGAAAAAAAACAGAAAAAAGUAAAAAGGCAGAAUUCUUUCAUUUGGCAGAAAAAUAAACAGAAAAAGCUGGAAACAGCAGAAAAGAGUAGAAAAAUCAGAGGAGCAGGAAAAAAGCAGAAGUGGAAAACACUGAAAAGAGAAAAAGGGAAAAACAGAAAAAGCAGAAAGAUGCAGAAAGCAGAAAAAACACAAAAAGCAAGAAAAAGCAAAAAUAUCAGAAAGAGUAGAGUAAAGAAAAGAGUAGAAAAAACGGAAAACAGGAAGAGCAGAAAAAGUAAAAAAAUGAAGCAAUACCAAAAAGACCAGAAAAAAACAGAAGAAGCAGAAAAUGCAAAAAAAUCUGAGCCUGAAGAAGCAGAAAAAGUACAGAAGCAAAAAAGUAGAAUAGGCAGAUAAACAGAAAAAGCAGAAGGAAAACUAGAAGCAAAAAAGCAGGAAAACUAAAAGAAGUAAAAAGGCAAAAAAAGCGAAAAAUGCAGACAAAUUCACAAAAAAUCAAAAAAGAAGGGAAAAUCAGACAGACUAAAAAAGAAAAAAACACCAAAAAAGCAGGAAAAACAAGUAGAAAAGGCAGGAAGAAGCAGAAAAUUAGUAAAAGCCGAAAAACAAGCAGGAAAAAAACAGAAAAGGCAGCAAAUCAAAAAAGCUGAAUCAGAAAAUGCAACAGAAAAUAGAAGAAGCAGAAAAAGUAAAAAAAUCAGGAAAAGCAGAAUAAACAGAAAAGGCCGAAAAGGUAAGAAAAAUAGCAGAAAAAGCAAAAGAUUCAGAAUAGCAGAAAAAGCAAAAAAAAACAGAAAAAGCGAAAGAUGCUGAAGAAGAAGAAGAAUCUGAAAAGGCAGAAAAAGCAAAGGAAAUGUGGAAGCAGAAAACGCAAAAAUAAAAGAAAAAGCAAAAAACAGAACAAGCAGACGGAGAAAAGACAAAAAAAAACAGAAAUAGUUGCAGUUAGAAACAGUAAAAACAGAAAAAGAGUAGAAAAGGCCGAAAAAACAGAAAGAGCAAAAAAGCAGAAAAAGUAAAAAUGCAAGAAACACCAAAAAGAGCAGAAAAACAGAAAAUGUAGAAAAAACAGAAAGAAUCGGGAAAAUCAGAAAAAGUACAAAAAGAAAAAAAACAAGAAGCAGGAAAAAGCAGAAAGACAGAAAAAACAAAAACGCGGAAGCAGAAAAAGCAAGAAAAAAAUAGAAGAAGCAGAAGCAGGAAAAAAAGAAAAAGUAGAGUAAGCAGAAGAAGCAAACACAAGAAGCAGCAAACGGAAAAAGUAGAAUGAUAGAAAAAGGCAAAAAAUAGCAGAAUAAUCUAAAAAAAAAUCAAAGAGGUAGAAAAAAGCAGAAAAACAGUAAAAGCAGCAACACCAAAAAUGAAAGCAGGAAAACAGAAGUAGAAAAAUCAGGAAGAAGCAGAAAAAAACAAGAAAUAGGAGAAAGCAGAAAACAGAAAAAGCAAAAAGGCAGAAGCCGAAAAAGCAAGAGAAAAUAGAAGAAGCAAACAAAGUAAAAAAUGUCAGAACAAGUAGAAGAAACAGAAAAAGCGGGAAAAGCAGCAGAAGGCAGAAAAAGUAAAAACAGAAAAGAGCGAAAAAGAAGACAAUCAGAAAAAAUCAGAAAAGGCAGAAGAUGCAGAAAAAACACAAACAGCAAAAAAACUAAAAUAUCAGAUCUACUCUUUCUGAUAUUUUUGAGUAAAUAGUAGAGUAAUGAGAAGAGUAGAAAAAGCUGAAGAACAGAAAAUGCAGAAAAGGCCAAAAAAGUAAAAAGUUAAGCAAUACCAAAACGACCAGAAAAAACAGAAGAAGCAGAAAAGGUAAAAAAAGCAGAAAGAACCGGAAGAAGCAGGAAAAGCAGAAAAAGUAGAACAGGCAGAAAAACAAAAGGCAGAAGAAAACUAGAAGCAGAAAAAGCAGGAACAAUAGAAGAAGCAGAAAAGAAUUUUUUCAAAUCAAAUCUAAAUCUAAAAAAUCAAAAAAGAAAGGAAAAGCAGACAAAUUGAAAACGCAAAAAGAAACACAAAAAAACACAAAAAAGCAGAAAAAACAGAAGUAGAAAAAAGUAGAAAAAGGAGAAAUAAGCAGAAAUAAGCAGAAAAAUUAGAAGAACAAGAAGCCGGAAAAAACAGAAAAGGCAGCAAAACAGAAAAGCAAAAAAGCAGAAUCAGAAAAAGCAAAAGAAAAUAGAAGAUGCAGAAAAAGUAAAAAAAAACAGGAAAGCAGAAGAAACAGAAAAAGCCGGAAAAGCAAAAAGGUAAGAAAAAUAGCAAAAAGAUCUGAAGAACCAGAAUAACAGAA